AACUGAAUAAAUCCAUCCAAUCAAACUGCCCAGGAACCAAAGCAUGAGGUCUUAUCUAAUCCUGCAAUGAAGUCAUAACUAGUUAGCUGGUUACUAAAGAAAGCUUCCAAAUCACAUUCUGGAAUCUGUCACAACCCAGACCCCUAACGGUCUCGAAGAACCUGCUGACAAAAGCCGCGACCGUUGCCCAUUGAACCGCUCGGCUGGGAGUGCAUCCGAGUCCGCGUGCCCCUCAGCGGCUGCCCCAUUCUUCUGGCUCCGUCCGCGAACCUCGGCGGUGCUUCCUAAACUACUAAGCGGGCGGGAACAUCAUUGGCGAUUUAUGCAUCCAUCCAUGUUUCUCUCUUCUGCUCAUAAUCCCUGUGGCGUGUCACACAUUCCUAGAUUACUCAAGUCCAGGACUCGACCUUCCCGCGGAGUCAUCAUAGGAAUACAAAAGGCGACGACUUCUCCCGCCCCUGCCACAGUUUCAUCUGUUCGCCCGCGCGCUUUUUACCCCUCGCAGCGACGACCUUUUCUCCAAACCUCGACUCUACCACCCCUUCACUCCACACCUAGCACGACAGCUACAUUCAGCACCAUGUCUUCCGCGACUACUUUCUAUGACUUUGAGCCUGUCGACAAAAAGGGCAAGGCCUACCCCCUCACCGACCUCAAAGGCAAGGUCAUCCUCGUCGUAAACACGGCCUCGAAAUGCGGCUUCACGCCCCAAUUCAAAGGUCUCGAAAACCUCUACCAAUCCGUCAAGGGCAAGCACCCAGAUGAUUUCCUCAUCAUCGGAUUCCCCUGCAACCAAUUCGGCGGCCAGGAUCCCGGCUCGGACGACCAGAUCCAGGAAUUCUGCCAGGUUAACUACGGCGUUACGUUCCCUGUCUUGGGCAAGACGGAUGUGAACGGCGACAACGCGUCGCCGCUUUGGACUUGGUUGAAGGAGAGCCAGGCUGGGCUUUUGGGGCUGAAGAGGAUUAAGUGGAACUUUGAGAAGUUCUUGGUUUCGGCUGAUGGGAAGGUUGUUGGCCGGUGGGCUAGCACGACCAAGCCUGAGGGGCUGGAGGAUACGAUUUUGAAGGAGAUUGAGAAGGCGAAGAAGGAGGGCACGCUGGCUUCUGUUGCGGGUGCUAAGGAGGGAGAGACUGCGAAGUUGUCUUGAUUAUAACGGCCAGCAUGGCUUUCGGUUUUUGUUUUCACGGUUAUGAUACCAAAUCUUAAUAUGUGUCUUUUUGUUGAUGUACCCAAUGCAACUUGUCGCUGCUUUUGACUUGCGGUUACUUCAUUGAUACUCUAUGUACCACCCGUUUGUCUUUGGUUGUCUUCGGGUUGUCUUCGGUCGUGACAUCAUUUUCAUAAUACUCCCAAGCCCAUCAUCUGUUCAAUGAAUCAGAUUACGCUUUCUGGCCCUGGGGGAUCAGAUUCCGCAGCGAUAGAUCGUAAACCACAUCCUCCACCUUCUUGAC